GAUUUAUAACCCAGGCCGAGUUGGUGGGCCGAGUUGGUAAUAGGCCGAGUUGCCCCGUAAUCAUUUAGAUCGUUCUAUUCCAAUACGGAGAACGUGAGUAACAUUUUAUUCAUUGAUUUAUUUGGAUUCGGAUAGGCCGAUGAGAUCUUUGUGAACUUUGUUCGUGUACAUAUGUUGUCGUAUUCGGAAUCGUGUAUAUUCGUAUUAUUCUAAACCACGUGAAUGUGAAUGGAUUCUGGAAGGAUCUAUUCAAUCGUAUCGUAAAUGUGGAGCUCGCCAAGCCAGGAUCGACAGCAAGUGGACUCAUAGAGAAUUGAAGAAACCAGGCUGUGACAAAGACGAUUUUUCGCCUGGGCCAGAAUAAGGAAUAAAGAUGCGGUGGAUACUAAAUUGCAACCCAAAACAAUUUACGACUGUUAAUGAAGCCAUUGCCAACUUAAACCAACUGCAACCUGAACAAUCAAAGACUAAGAGUGAUGAUGACUCCAAGUGCUAUGAUAGUGACCCUCAGAUUGAUUUCGAGGUGCCUGCCAUGCCUGCCCCCGUAGCGCCCAGUCCCAAAUUAACAAGCAUUCGACUAACUAGGUCUGAAAUUUAUGUUGUCAGCAUUCCUCCAGCAGAAAUGGUUUCGAGGGGACAUCAAGUCCGGAUGCCAUAUCGGUCAAAUGAAACGCAGACCACUAAUUUUCAACCUGACCUCACCCACACUUCAGUGUCGAUCAUGAAGGUACCAAGUACGCCUGAAACUGCAUCUACCCCUCAGCCAAAAUACAAGAGGAAGCGUUCUGAUUCAGGUAACGAUGAGGAGACUGAGCCCUUGGCAAAGCAUUCUUUGUCAUUUGUGGAUGAUGAAACCAAGGACCCCUCUUGGAAUCCAAAUAUGUCUUUGGAAAGUGUUGCAUCUACUAGUGAUGCCAACAAUAAGCGAGCAUCCUCAUCCCUGACCGAGGGCAUGUGUGCAGUUUCAGUGUCCAAGCUUUUGGAGCUGUUCCACAUCUGCUACAACUGCGGCUCAAUGGUGACCAUCACACAGUCAUGCUUGUCAUGUGAUGGUAUCUGGAAAUGGCAGAGCCAGGAAAUGAUUGGAACGGUAUAUGCUGGUAACAUCGGCCUAUCGAUGGCAAUUCUUGCAGCGGGUGCUAUUCCAAACAAAGUGAUAAGAGUCCUGCAAUUCUGGGGCAUUCGAAGCAUUUCCUCCGGAACAUAUUUUCGACACCAGUCAAAGUACCUGAACCAGGCAGUACGUAAUGUUUGGGAGGAGGAGACCAUCCAGGCACUGGCAGCUGUAGAGGACGUGGCCAAACUCUCCGGUGAUGGAAGGUGCGAUUCGCCCGGCCAUUGUGCGAAGUAUGGCUCUUACAAAUUACAUGACACAGGGAGAAACGCCAUUGUCAUGACACAACUUGUUCAGUCCACUGAGGUUAAGAACUCCUAUCACAUGGAGCUGGAGGGCCUGUCCCGAUGUGUCGAUGAAGUGAAAUCAUACGUCCCACAUGUUAAGAUAGAAUUAACAACUGAUGGCCACAAAUCAGUGGAGAAGUGGUUGAGAGAGGAACAAUCGGACACCAUAAAGCAUUAUUUUGAUGUGUGGCAUGUUGCUAAAGGACUGAGGAAAAGACUCAAGCCCAUAACCAUGAACAGGCGGUUUCAGCUGGUCAACAAAUGGCUGAAAAGUAUUAUCAAUCACUUGUACUGGUGUGCCAUGACCAGAAAUAACGACCAAUCAUUGAUCUUGGCCAAGUGGAGAUCAAUAGUGAACCAUAUAGCCGGUGUCCACACGCACGAAGAAAACGAACUGUUCCCCAAGUGUAUCCACAGUCGUAUUCCAAGGCAGUGGUUUAAGAAAAGAACAGAAGAAUACGACAAGGUGUGUGCUCUGCUACUCAACAAGAACCUUCUACAUUCAAUCUCAAAGCUCAGCUCGGAUGGCCAGACAUCUGGUUUGGAGGGAUACCAUAGCAGCCUUCUACACUUCGCCCAAAAGAUGUACCAUUUCGGAGACCUGUAUUCAUCCACGACCGGAAGUGUGGCAGUCACAUAGAGCUUAUCAAAAUGUCAAGUUGUGACAAUUCAUUGCUGCUGCUGAAAUUCGGGCACCAAGUCUCUUGAGCUUCAGUGGAAUGGACUUUCCCCGUGUAUUGUUCAUGGUGUGGAUUGCUGCAUGAACACGACUGCGAUAGUUUUUAAGGCCUUCCCAAGAAAGGUGCUGAAAGCAUCCUCCAUGCCGGCACUACAUCUACUGUCACCGUCGGUUGUACAGCAAUGAACAACAUCCUGUUCCCUCCGGCGAAGUAUCUUCAGUGGGCUGACCGUGUUCUCGACCGUCGGUGAAUAGAUUAUCCCAUGCGAUCGCUCACGCACAACAUUGUUGUAAUCCUCAUGACUGAAACGAGACCAGCUACCAUCGGUUUUCUCUGGAGGCAUUGUCCUGCUGUAGGGCGAGUGACUCUUCUACUGGUUGCAGUAUCCUGCAAGACCUGGGUCCUGUCAGUUCACUUUGCAAUCUCUGAUUGAGGCACUGAUGCAUCAGAUCACUCUUCAAGGACAAGGCUGUACCGGCACGAUAUAUCCUCAUCGGAGAAUGUGACCAAUUUAACAUCUAUUAUCUGUUGAGGUGGAUUCAUAACAAAGCAUUUGACCAUUUUUUCUCUCUUUUUAAUGAAUCGACAUAUUUGUCGGAUUUCAACGCAUUUACAGAGUAUAAGUGCAGACCCUAGGGGAAUCGGGAAAUGGCAGAAAUUCUGACCUGGGGUCAAAACUGGCUCUCUACUAGGGCAGAGACAUGUAUUCAUCCACAGGCGGAAGUGUGGCACUGGCACAUAGUCCGUACUGAACUGUGAAGCUGUGGUAAAUACAUGACUGUGAUGGGUGAAAGUGGAUUUAUUCUUCAAUCUUUGGUGGAUUCUUAAUCUACAGAGCCAGGCCAUAACAGGGAUAUAAUUUUUGAUAAUUAAUUUAAGGAAAUAUUGUGUCAGUGGCCAGUUUAGAACUUGUAUUCUAAUAGGCCCAGUCCGCAAGUGACGAUUUGAUGGCAAUCCUGUACACAAAUCAAUUUUUCUCAGGCAAUCUGUAUUGGAAUGUUUUGAAUUUUUACUAUUAUUUUGAUAAAAGCCUCUUCAUAACACAUAUAAAAUUUGGUGGGAAUUAAAGCACCCUUGGUGUACUUUUUUCACCAACCUAUGUUCAUUAAAAUGUACACAGAAUGUACACGCUGGCUAAUAGAGGUCUCUGGACUGCAAAAUUUUUUUUUGCGUCUCAGUAGUUAAAUUGAUUCAUAAAUACAGUAGUUGUCAGGUUCAUAAUAAUGUUCAGUUAUGGAUAAUUUGAUUCUUUUCUGGUAUUUUGAUUGUGUACAACUCAAAAUUUAGCAAGGGGGGAUUUGCUGUGUAUUGCACUCUUUGUAAUUCGCGCCUUACGUUGGUGGCGCCGUUUGUGUUAAGUUCAAUAAACCUCGUUGUAGUUUCGGUAUUUA